AUGACCAAAGACACUGCCCCUACCACCCCGCCCAACCAACUCACUCGGAUACCUGAGGACAAUACAACACAAUCUGUUCGAAGGGAAUCAUCUCGACUCCGAACCCCUGUUGUCCGUGCCGGUUACGUCCAACCCCAAAAUGAUUAUCGUCGGUCUCUUGUUGCCAAAGGCACCUCAAAGCAAACCCAAAUCCUGGAUCAAACGGUUACUCAAGUUUCCAAACGCACUGGCCAAGCGGUGGAUAUUGAUCUUGCCCAGGAUUCCGAUGAAGAAAACGAAAAAGUCACCAAAAAGACAACCAGAAAACCAAAAGAUGGGUACGACCAUCCACGCAGUUUCUUUUACCUUCCUGGAACCGGUCCAAAACAGGCCCCGGAUGCAAUGACUUGGGCCUGUCGAUGGUGCCCAAAUGCAUACCUAGCACAAGCAAAUUCCAACUACAACCUCAAGAUUCAUCGGGAUGGGUCAAACAAUAAAGGAACUAUAAGGUCAGCCUGCCCAGGAAGAGCCAAGGCCAUUGAGGCCGGUUGCAAACUCCCACCAACAGCAUUGGAACUUGUCAAAGAAGCCGCCAAGAACCAAACCGAAACCGCUGGAAAUCUGAACGCUUAUACCUCAAAAGGAUGCUACAACAACGAUACAAUGAACAAGCUCAUUGUAAUCUGGGUCGUUAGACAUUCUCUUCCGUGGAUUCGAAUUGAAGAUUAUCUUCUCCGAGAAUCUGAAUCAAAAAUAUCAAUUGGGUCGGAUGUUUGGACCACUAAAGGCAGUCACAAGGCGUUCAUAGGUAUUUCUUGCUGCUACAUCAAUAAGAACUGGACCUUUGUUUCUCAGCAUCUUGCGAUCAACAACAACUUUACUAUGGCUAAGGAAGUAGCCUCAAUCUUCUUGAGCGCCGAUUUCACCCAAUGGGAUGUGGAACAGAACCACCAUCGCUGUAUCUGCCAUGUAAUUGCUCUAAUCUUAGGAGCUGGGCUCAAGGCACUGAAGCUUUCAAGAAAGAUCCUCCAGCCUGAAAAGACCGACCAACAUUUUCCCAAUAAUAACAGAAGAAAAGGAGAGUUAUUCAUGGACAAUGAUGUUGAUGAUGCCACUUCAGGGAUAGGGUUGACCCUCAAGAAGAUCGAUUACAUAUGUCGUCAAAUAGCCUCCUCACCACAGAAGCAGGCUGAGUGGAAAUUAUGGGCAAGUAAGCUUGGCUAUAACGGUUGUGAAGUCAUCAGCGGCUAUGGAAUACGCUGGAACAUUGCUUAUGAGAGUCGUCAGAGAGCCUGGGAGGGCAGACGGUCUUGUGAGUUGAGCUCAAAGGAGUGGGAGGAUGUGAAUAACUUGAACCUAGUUCUCAAGGUCAGAUAA